AUGUACAAUCCGGGUUGGAGAGAUCACCCAAAUUUUUCGUGGAUAAAUCAGCUAGGACAGUCCUCAAUGAUUCCACAGUUUGAGCAACCAAUCGAACCGAAGAAGCCUUGUCUUGAGGAUAUGUUUGCCCAAUUCAUGCACGGUACGCAAGCUUCAAUUCAGAAAUUAUGUAUACAAUUGGGACAGCUAGCUAAUGUAGUGAAUGAGAUGAGUCAAACCGAAGUUAAUCCAAGAGGUAUGAAGCAUGCAAAGGCAAUUAGAACUCUACGAAGCGGCAAGUCAUAUGGCAGAGAAGAUAAGGAUGUGAUUUUGGGGGAUGAGAGAGUUAAAGAUACAUCAAUUGUGCCUCCAUCAUCACAAGAGGAAAGUGACCAAUUAAUUCCUCCUAGUGCACCACCGGUUGCCCCAUUGAAGGAGAGAGUUUACAUACCUCCUCUACCUUUUCCUCAACAAUUUCAGAAGCAAAAGAAAGACAGACACAUGCUGGAUAUCAUGGAAUUGUUCAAGAAAGUUCACAUCAACAUUUCGCUAUUGGAUGUAAUUAAACAAAUUCCAUCAUAUGCCAAGUUCCUCAAGGAUGUUUGUACUAAUAAAAGGAAGUUUGCGGAGCAUGAGAGGGUGAUGCUAAACGAAGAGUGCAGUGCUAUUCUACUCAAUAAAUUGCCACCAAAGUUGAAAGAUCCAUGGAGUUUUACAAUCCCUUGUCAACUAAGUGUUGGAGAGAUGCAACCAACAUCAAUAAGCUUACAACUCGCGGAUCGGUCCAUCAAAUUUCCACUUGGAAUUAUUGAAGAUAUGUUGGUGAAAGUGGAUAGUUUCAUACUUUCGGCUGAUUUUAUUAUACUUGAUAUGGAAGAAUGCCGAGAAGUUUCCAUCAUCAUGGGUCGUCCAUUCUUGGCAACCGCUGGCACUAUUAUUGAUGUCAAGAAGGGCUUGUUAACCAUGAAUGUUGAAGGAGAGUCGCGGAGUUUCAAGUAUUUGAAGCCAUGA